AUGAGUUCGUCGACCUCGAGUGUGGGAAAAUCCGCCCCUGCGCCAUCAAACCCCCCAGCCAUCCAGGCCGGACCAUCGACGUCGAGCUUUGAAUCAUCACGUCGGCCAUCGCAGGCCGGCUCCUCGUCAGCGCAAUCCAUGCCUCGGAAAGCUCAAGGCGCUCGAAAACAGCACCGGAGUCAACGUCGACCCGGCCUAGGAGAUAGGUCCAAUACCGGCCCUGACGACGAAGAUGCGAUGGCGGAAUUAAGAGCGUUCAGAAACCCAAACAGUCGGCGUGGCCAGACUUCGAUCACCCAUCUCCUCAAUUACUCGAUGCCUCGACCGGUACAAGACCAUCAUACGCAUGCCAGACAUCCUAGACGGAAUCCAACAUGGGGGCUGGGAUCUGGAUACCACGCAGUUGAUAAGGCGAGAUAUGUCCAUGCCAACUACCGCUUUGUCCUGUCUCCAGAAGGAACCUAUAGCAAGCAGUCGUCGGAUGCUGACACGCACCUGGACUGGUCUUUGGUGAUGCAGAUUAUUGCUUCGAGCGAGUCGCAGACUUCAUCAUGCCCGAUUUGUCUUUCGGAGCCAGUGGCUCCUCGUAUGGCGAAAUGCGGGCACAUCUUUUGUUUACCUUGUCUGAUUCGGUUUAUGAACUCAAGCUCCAGUGAGGAGGAAGGAAAGGCAAACCGUGGUCCAAAAUGGAAGAAGUGCCCCAUCUGCGAGGACUCGAUUUACAUGCAAGACGUUCGACCUGUCCGGUUUUAUGCAGGUCAGGAAAGCCCGCUACCUAGAGUUGGUGACGACGUCGUGCUACGAUUAAUGGCACGGGGUGCACACUCAACGAUGGCUCUCCCGCGGGAGGGUGCCGCGGAGGCACGCACUUUCGGGGACGACAUUCCCUGGCAUUUCGCUGCCAACGUUCUGGACUACGCCCGCAUGAUGAAGGGCACCACGGAUUAUAUGGGCGCUCAAUUCGACGAGGAAAUCGCUUCGCUAGAGAAGCAGGCGAAGGAGGAUGAGACUCUGUUUGGUCAAGAUGGUGAAUGGUCUCAGAAGGCCAUCCGAGCUGUCACAGCCUCUAAAGAGAAACUGGCAGAUCUUCAACUCGCAGAGGAGCCAACGGCCGGGCCAGGGUCAAGUUCCGGGAAGCAAUCAGCAGAUCCCGACUUUUACUUCUACAGCUCCCCACCUCAUCUCUACCUCUCACCACUGGACAUUCGCAUCCUGAAAACCAAGUAUGGCUCCUUCUCGUCAUUCCCCUCUACUCUCCUCCCUCGCGUCGAGCACAUCUCAACCGGCCAUGUGGUCGACGACGCACUGCGUAGGAGAGCUAAGUACCUCGGGCAUCUUCCUCGCGGGUGUGUCAUCAGCUUCCUGGAAUGUGACUGGACAGACAUUGUGCCAGCAGAGACGUUGGCGUCUUUCUCGGGAGAAAUCGAGCGGCGACGGAAACGGAACCGCGAGAAAGAAACGCAAGAGGAACGGGAGCGCCUCCAAGCAGAGCGACUCGAAGCAGCUGCCCUACGCAAGACGACGGGGUACCAGAGACUACCCCAGCCACUUGAGGAGGAGGAUGUCCCUCGGAUGGACAUGUCCGAGUUCCAGCCACUGAGCGGUCAUUCUGGUGCCACACCCCCGGAUCCUCGACCAGGAUUCGAGACGUUGGCGGAAAUGUCAACCAGCCCAUCGACUCAGAGAACAGUCUGGGGCACACGGGUGAUCAAUGGAUCUCCUGAGAUGGCGCCAGUUCGGAGUUCGAAUGCUGACGACGGCUGGCUCAAAGACGAGGACCUGUUUGAUUCGGCUGAUCUUGCGAUGCAGAUCCAGGCCAUCGAGUCGGCAACGGAUAACAACAAUGCACGUCCGAAUAAUAGUGGUGGUGGCGGCGGCGGUGGUGGUGGAAAGAAGAAGAAGAAACAGAAAAUCACACUCAUGAGCACUGGUGGUCGCAGAGGCAAUUGA